AUGUGCUCACGACAGGUGUACGUGAGGCCAUACUUUGACUACAACCCGGCCAUCGACAACCUCAUCCCAUGUCGGGAGGCGGGGAUGGCCUUCGAGAGAGGUGACAUCCUUCAGAUCGUCAACAGGGAGGAUCCCAACUGGUGGCAGGCGUGUCAUGUGGUGGUUGGAGCUACAGGACUGAUACCCAGUCAGUUCCUGGAGGAGAAGAGGAAAGCUUUCGUCCCUCGAGACUUUGACGGAUCAGGCAUCCUCUGUGGCACUAUAGCUGGAAAGAAGAAGAAGAAGAUGAUGUACCUGACAGCCAAGAACGCAGAGUUUGACAGACACGAGCUGCAGAUCUAUGAGGAGGUGGCGAAAGUGCCGCCAUUCCAGAGGAAGACACUGGUUCUGAUUGGUGCACAGGGCGUGGGUCGACGCAGCCUCAAAAACCGCCUGAUGGUCCUCCAGCCGACGCGUUUCGGCACAACUAUACCAUACACCUCACGACGACCCCGUGACGACGAGCUGGACGGCAAUUCUUACCACUUCACCAGCAGGACGGAGAUGGAGGUGGAAGUGAAGGCCGGCCGCUUCCUGGAGCACGGCGAGUACGAUGGCAACCUGUACGGCACCAAGAUCGAUUCCAUCCAUGAGGUGGUGGACACAGGACGCACCUGCAUCCUGGACGUCAACCCACAGGCUCUGAAGGUACUCAAAACAGCAGAGUUCAUGCCCUACGUGGUUUUCAUUGCGGCGCCAGAUUUCGAUACACUCAAGGCCAUGCACAAAGCUGUGGUGGACGCAGGCAUCACAACAAAGCAGCUCACGGAUGUGGACCUGAGGAAGACGGUGGACGAGAGCGCCCGCAUCCAGAGGGCGUACAGCCACUACUUCGACCUGACCAUCGUCAACGACAACUUGGACAAGGCCUUUGAGACGUUACAGGCCGCUGUGGACAAACUGUGCAGUGAACCCCAGUGGGUGCCCGUGAACUGGGUGUACUGACGACCAGCAGCAACCACUGAGCGGGUCACAAUGACCCACCAGCGUGUGUGUGCGUGACUGUGUGUGACUGUGUGUGACUGUGUGUGUGCGUGCGCGUAUGUGAGUGUUUAUGACCACAAAGGCCAAAGACGAGGAGACAAAGAUACUUCUGCAAAAUAACAUUAAUAAUUAUAAAAAAAGAAAAACACUCCUAUUGCUCUUUCUCCUCUUAGGCCUUCACGGCUCGCAACUUUUUUUCUACUCAAACUCAAAGGGAAAGAGUGCUUAUUUAUUUUAUAACUUUUUAUGAAAGAUCUUUCUAUUCAAUGUGGAAUUCCAGCGAGAAUGAAACAAAAGAAAAUCUGGUCACAUACUCGGGCCAUAUUUUUGCAUUAAUUUAUUGUUAUGGUAGUGAAACGUCUUAUUUUGUAGUCUUCUUGGUUUUUAGUUUGUCUGUUUUUUGUCGUCUUCCCUCAUGGACACCCAGGAUUUACAAUUACCAUCCAGGCUCACCGAUGAAGAUAAGGAGAGACGAUGAGUUAGAAGAAUAUGAGCAGUUGUUGUCCAAGAAACUGUUGGUUGUCAAACACCGUCGCCAUGUUUGAGCGAUGUGUGUGGCCCUGUGUUUUUUUAAAUUAUUAUUUCACCUCCUUGCAACUGAAUCCUUUGGUGUUAACAUAGCGGGUCCUAAAUUCUUCUCAUGCUGUUGUCCACAGGAUAAACUGGGCGGAGGGAAAUAAAGAGCACAACUGCGAAGAAGAAAAAGUACUUUAUAAGAUGAAAAAUUGUCUGUGUCUGGUAAUUCUGUCUAGUUUUGUUUUCUUGUAGUUUUUGUGUGGUGAUUUUAUAGUUUAGUGUUUUGUCACACAUGAUUGUUUGCUUUUAUUUGAAAUGAUCCUGUUCUCAGUGUGUCUGUCUGGAGUGUGAUCAUCAGUUACUGACUGCAUUAACCACUUUGUUAAUGUUUGAUAUAUGUGAAUGUGACUCAAAUCCUCUCCCUCCCUGUGGUCUUUAUCUUCAGUGUUGCAUUACGCCAAAGCCGCAACCACACCCCAAGUAAUGUUUGAAUUUCACAACUCUUAAAUCUGAUUGGUAGUUCAACUACAGGCUGUAAUAUGAAUUCAUGUGAUGCUGGAUGGUGAAUGCCAAAGGGUACAUUUCUAGUACUACUGUAUGUCUCAUAAUUCUUUGUAAAUCUUAGUCAAUACAAGAGAGAAUUAAAGAAAAUUACCAUUUAGUGUGAAAUGAAUUUGUUUGAAGGAAAUGAGCUUUUAUGAAUAUUCUUUGUGAUUUAUGUAACAUUUCAACAUCCUGAGAUCAAUUUGUGCCACGUUUCAGAAUAACAGCCCAACUGCCUGUUGAAGUGAUCACAUCAACCUCAUGUCGACAGAUUUGAUUUUACAUUUUUAUCAGCAAGGUUAUGAUGAAUAAAGUUUAUUAAACCUCA